ACCAAGGCAUUACAUUUGUCUUUCUGAUGAAAAGAAGCAUCAACAUUCCACUUCCAAAUCUGAAUUGACACAGGGUGGCAGCUUUUUCAGUGUGACUCCUGAAGGACAUCCUUGAUCAUGUUGGUGAAUGUUUGGCUGUCUGUGCUGACUGAAGUUAGUUCAACACCUGUACAAGAUUGCUGACUGUGAUUCCACACAGACUGAUAUAAACAUCAGAGGCACCUUCAGAGCAAACUGCAUCGUCAAACUGACAACUAGAGUGCAGCCAAUUGACUGAUAUAGCAGGGAAAAGUAAGAAAUGCUGAAAGUUGAUAUUGGACAGGAAACAUGAAAACAAGGUGAACUGCGAGUUUCCUGUAAAAUGUAACCAUAUGGCAACCAAUCACCAACCAACACUACCUCUGCAAUCAUAGAUGCCACCGUGUAAAAAUAACUCCAGGAAGAAAGAACGCAAAUGAAAAAAUUCCUAAUACCGUGACAAACAUGAUGAAAACUGGCUCAAUCAACAACCACUUGUUUAUCUGAUACAUUGUACUGAAUUAAAACGACCAGUGGCUUUACAUUAAAUACUGUCAUCAUCUGUGAUCGUCGAUGAGCAUAGAGAACAACAAUGGGUGAAGUCACAACUUUCACACUGAAUUUUACUGAAUCUAACUUUUCAAGAAACACAUCAGACACAAUGAUGCGAGCUUUGAACUUCACAUCAAGGGAGUGGAUUUUGUUGGUGGGACUUAGUUUGAUGAUCCUGUGUGUGAUCUUUGGUAACAUUAUGAUCCUGAUUGCUGUUAUUAAGCACCGCCCACUCCAAACUCCGCCAGUUUAUCUCAUUGCUUCCUUGGCCGUGGCAGAUCUCAUGGUUGGCUUGGUAGUAAUGCCACUUAGCCUCACUCAAGAGCUGACGGUGGAAUGGAAGUUUGGUGCAGUUGUCUGUGAUAUCUGGAUCUCAUUGGAUGUCUUGUGUUGCACAGCUAGUAUAUUAAAUCUCUGUGUCAUUGCACUGGAUCGCUACUGGGCUAUCACCAAGCCACUGAAGUACAAACUGAAACGUACAUCAUCACGAAUGCUGGCCAUGAUUGCAAUAGUGUGGAUCAUCUCUGUGAUGAUAUCAAUCACUCCACUUUUUGGCUGGCGCACAGACAAUCCAGACCCAAAGACGUGCAUGAUCACUCAAAAUCAAGUCUACACAAUCUUCUCCACAUUUGGUGCCUUUUUUAUUCCCAUGACGAUUAUGCUGGUGGUUUACAUACGCAUCUUUGUUGAAGCACGCAAGCGCAUUCAUGGGACCAAAAACCUGGUCCAGACACCGUUAGCAUCAUCUUCUGGAACACCAGACAGAAGAUCAACAGCUGAUUUCCCCAGAAAAAUAUCUUCUUUCUUAAGACGAAUCUCUAACAGCGAACCAAUGAUUGGUGAAUUAGGAAGUACAACCCCAAUAAUGAAGAAGUCCAUGAGAUUCAAUGGCCAAAGACGCAAGUCUAGCCCUGGCUCAUUGAAACCUGAUGCAUCCAUUCUACAAUCCCCACUUCGAACUCAAUGCACCCAACCAUCUCCCACCCAUGGCAGGUGCAUCUCAAUAUCUAUUACUGAAUGUCAGGGUCACGGCAGCCAAUCAACUCUCAAUGUGCCCUGUUCUCCACUCAUACAACGGCGUAUAAUUCAACGACGCAAUCUAGCCUCAGCUAGGGAGCAGAAAGCUGUCAAGACCUUAGCCAUCGUCACAGGUACUUUUCUCAUUUGCUGGCUACCGUUUUUCAUCACUGCGUUGGUGAUUCCAUUUUGCCAGCAGUGCCACCUGCCGGCAUUCUGGCAGAGCCUUUUUCUGUGGCUUGGUUAUUUCAACUCCAUGGUCAAUCCCAUUCUCUACACUAAGUUCAACAAAGAUUUCAAGGACGCAUUUAGCAAGUUGCUUCAUUGUCCAAAAAGAAACUCAUCUAAUUAUCCAGCUACACUUUUGUCACCUUAUCGUUGUGUAAACACUGAAGUGAAAGUUUCAAACUCCAAUCUUUCUGGCGUGAACGAAUGUAGAGAAAGUCAACUGUAGUGAAGCAUUACAAAGACAAAUAAAAAGAUGCAACUGAGUGAAUAAAGGUGAUGAGAACCUCAGGAAAACAAAUUUGGAGAGGAUGUUGGGCUUUCAAAGAAGAUGAAUUAUUUGAAAUAAUCUGAAUUCUUUUGGAAAUGACAUGAUUUGUUGAAACUCUUGAUAUGGUUGGUGUCCUAUGUGCCCUUUAUUAGUUUUGAAAGAGAGAGAAGAGAUGAGAGAAGCUGGGCAACCAAUGCAUGGGCAUGGAGAGAAUAUUGAACUACUGUCAGCUUUUGUUUUCCUUCUAAAAAUUUUACACCAGAGGGGCAGGUGGAUAUAGUAAGAUGGGGCGUGAUGGGCUGGGAUAGAGGGUUAAAAGGUGACAUAAUCAUAAAACAGGCAGUUCAAGCAGCCAUCCAAAAGAUGAUGGACUGAUAUUAUGACACCCAUGAAUGCAGUUCACAGUCAACAUAAUAACCGUUUU